AUGCCACCAGCCAAACCUAUCCCUUUUCCGGAUGACUUCGGAACCGCAGAUGAGUAUGUCGAUUCACUCCUGCGAUUCUCUGCUUCAUCUACCCUCUUCCAGACAUUGUGUGGCGGAGUCCACAUCCUCGACUUCUUCACAAGUGAACCGAGCCUGUAUCAUAAAGUUAUCCCGGAAGAAUGGCGAUCGUGGCUGUUAGCCCGUGAGCCAAUGGAUUUACUAGACUUUUUGAUGCGCGAUGAGCUGGAGCAACCACGGGAAGAUGAACCGCCUGAGAGUUUGACCGCAUAUGUCAAAGUGAUAAGAAAGCACUCCCUACGAAGAGAUCUACCCCCUGGCCAGAAAGAGACGAAACUCGCCAGGCACGUGGCUGUUGGCAUGAUCCCUAAAAAGGUCCACGAGGUUAGCCGGUUUUCAGAUUUAGUUUCCCAAAUCGCAGAGUACUCUGGAGAGCAGAUCACUCAUUUCGUUGACUUUGGAAGUGGCCAAAACUAUCUUGGUCGCGCUUUGGCUAGUCCGCCAUACAAUAAGCACGUCGUGGCUGUCGAAAGCAAAGAGCUGAACGUCAAGGGAGCUAAAAGAAUGGACAUCUUUGCCGGGGUAGGGGAAAGAGAGAAGGUCAUGCGAAAUAAGAAAGCAUACCGUCAGAUCCGGGAUAGUGUCACGCCAGUUGAGUCGACGAAGGACAAUGCACGAAGAGCAGUCAAUAGAGUGAAGCCUCCCGUGAUCGCCGGGGUUGACUUUAGACCUAUGAAGGAUCUCGACACGGUAUACACUCAUACAGAAGGGAAAGGCUAUAUGCAAUAUGUAGAAGCAACCCUUCAUAAUGGGGACCUCUCGAGUGUGGUGGGCCAGAUCGAGAAAAUCGAGGGGGAUACUAAACUAAGCUCCUCGCGAAUCGCCAAUAGCGAUUCUGCGGACCGUGAAGCUCUUGAUUCAAUGUCGAGCCCUGAGAAAAUUCGUAUCAUGGCAGUCUCCAUACACUCCUGCGGAAAUCUUUCACACCACGCAAUCCGUUCUCUCGUGCUUAACACAACCGUACAAGCCAUCGCGAUUGUGGGUUGUUGCUACAACCUACUUUCCUCCCGUCUUGGGCCACCAACCUUGAAGCAUCCUCAUCUUCGACGUAACUUGCAAGCAAUUAACGCUCCUGAAGGCAGUAAACAGCUGUCUGAUGGCGACCCGCACGGGUUUCCCAUGAGCGAGCGCCUGGCAACAUAUGGCGAGGAGGGUUUCAGACUAAACAUCACUGCGAGGAUGAUGGCAGUUCAAGCACCACAGAAUUGGGCGGCCAAGGAAAGCGACUCAUUCUUUACGAGGCAUUUCUACCGAGCUCUGCUGCAGAAACUGUUUCUCGAUUACGGUGUGGUGUCGAAGAUAGCGGACAGCGAUAGUCCAGAUAGUACCGAACCGGUAAGCAUUGGCUCGCUGAGGAAGGGAUGUUACGGCUCAUUCACAACUUACGUCCGCGGUGCGCUGGAAAAGCUCAAGCAAGACCCUGAGAAGAACCUUCCUUUGGACGACAAAAUGGGAGGCAUCACAGAUGAAGAGCUGGAAUUGUACUGGCUGCAACAUAAGGAAUGGAAGAAGGAAUUAAGUGCCAUCUGGUCGUUGAUGGCGUUUAGCGCUGGGGUCGUUGAGAGCCUGAUUGUAGUCGAUCGUUGGCUAUUCUUAAAAGAGCAGAAACAUCUGGUGAGGGAUUGCUGGGUCCAGCCUGUGUUUGAGUAUCAGCAGAGUCCGCGUAACCUCGUCGUUGUCGGGUUAAAACGCUGA